AUGAUGGAACUUUGCUCCUAUUUAAGUCAAACUCAUCGUUUUCAAUCUACAUCAUCUGCAAUUUUUCGUAGUCAUUUAACAAAUAAUGAAAUUCGUGCUUAUCUUCUUCGAAUAUUUGCUAAAGAAUAUCCAAUUGAAUCAAGAAAAUUAUUAAUGAAUAAAAAUUUAUCAACAUCGUAUCAUUGUGCUCGACGUUUAUCAUCAGUUUUAGUUGAUCAAUUUUGUUUAGCUUUAAUUACUGAUGAACAUUUAUGA